AUGGCGUCGAAGCUGAGGGAUUUGAUCAAGGCGGUGCGCAACUGCAAAACGGCCGCCGACGAGCGCUCCGUCAUCGCCAAGGAAUGUGCGGCCAUUCGCGCUGCAUUCAGGGAGGAGGACUCUGAGACGAGGCACCGCAAUGUGGCCAAGCUACUGUACAUCCACAUGCUGGGCUACCCGACUCACUUCGGCCAGAUGGACGAUUUGAACCAUGCCAACCAGUACGUGGUGGGAUUGGCCCUGUGCGCGGUGGCCAACAUCUCGUCACCCGAAAUCGCGCGCGACGCUUCCUCCGACGUUCAGAAACUGCUCGGCAGUUCCAAUCCCUACCUUCGCAAGAAGGCGGCAUUGGCGGCGGUGCGCAUCGUGAGGAAGGUGCCUGAGGCCAUCGAAAACUUCGUGCCGCGGGUCAAGUCGCUCCUCACCGAGCGCAACCACGGCGUCCUCCUCACCGCGGUCACCCUCAUCAUCUCCCUCUGCGAGGCCUCUCCCCCGGAUGCUGGCGUCAUAGAUCUCUUCCGCAAGCUCGUGCCGGCGCUCGUGCGCAUCCUCAAGAAUCUUGUCAUGUCCGGCUACGCGCCCGAGCACGACGUGCAGGGCAUCACCGACCCCUUCCUCCAGGUCAAGGUCCUCCAGCUCCUGCGCCUCCUUGGCCGCGGCAACACAGAGGCCUCCGACGCCAUGAACGAGAUCCUUGCCCAGGUGGCGACGAACACAGAGAGCCUGCGCAACGUGGGAAAUGCGAUCCUGUACGAGUGUGUGCAGACGAUCAUGAGCAUCGAGGCCGAGGCCGGCCUGCGCGUCCUUGCCAUUAACAUCCUCGGCCGCUUCCUCCUCAAUCGGGACAACAACAUCCGAUACGUGGCGCUCAACACGCUGGCCAAGGUGGUGGGCCGUGACUCGGCCGCCGUCCAGCGACACCGCGCCACCAUCGUUGACUGCCUCAAGGACUCGGACGUUUCCAUCCGCCGCCGGGCGCUGGAGCUGAUCUACGUGCUGGUGAACGCCGAGAACGUGCGACCGCUCGUGAGGGAGAUGACCAAUUUCCUGACGGUGGCCGAUCACGAGCUGCGACCCGACCUGACAGCCAAGAUCUGCGCCGUCGCGGAGCGCUACGCGCCUACGGCCAAGUGGCGCGUUGACACGGUGCUGCGGGUGAUGGCGCUGCCGGGCCAUCACAUCUCCGAGCGAAUACAGUCGUCGUUGAUCGGACUCAUCGCCGCGACGCCCGAGCUCCACGCCUAUGCAGUAGGCAAGCUCUACCUCGCGCUCGCCAACGAGCCUAAGCAGCAGGCGCUGGUGCAAGUGGCUGUGUGGUGCCUGGGCGAGUUCGGAGAUCUGCUGGUGGCCGCCCCGGUGGUUGUGAAGAAGCACGACCCCAUAGCCGUGUCUGAAGACGACGUCGUCAGUCUGCUCGAGAAGGUGCUGCGCAACGUCGUCACCGAACCCAAGACCAAGGAAUUCGUCCUCACCGCCCUCAUGAAGCUCACCACCCGCUUCCACUCCAACACCGAGCGCAUUGAGUCGCUCAUCGGGCAGUUCCGAUCACACAUCAACGUGGAGCUGCAACAGCGUUCGUGCGAAUACGCCAACAUCUUCGCCCGGCCCGAUUCGUCGUCGCUCCGCGGCGCUCUUCUCGAGCGCAUGCCGGCGGCCGAGGGCGACACCGACGCCGAAGGCAGCGAGCAGGCGGCCGAGGUCGUCACCGCUCAGUCCCUCAUCAGCCUCGCUCCCUCCGCUGCCACCAACGGCGCCCACGACCCGCUGGACAUCAUGAAGCAGUUCUUUGGCGACCUCCCCUCCUCGUCGGUCCCCGUCGCCGCUCCCUCGGGACCUACCACGCGCCCGCCGGCAGCGGCCACGGGGCCUUCCCUGCUGGACAUCCUCACCGAGGCGCCGCCGCCUUCGCUUUCCGGACCCUCGCUCCUCGACGUGCUCAACGGACCCAGCCUUGCGCCAGCCUCCCCCGUCAUGUCACCGGGAGCGUACCCUCCGCUCACUGCGCUGGCCAAGAACGGCCUCAGCAUCGUGUUUGGAUUCAGCAAGCCGGGUGGCCACGCCUCGGACACGGUCGUCCUCACCUCCACCACCACUAAUUCCACCCCGACCCCCAUCACCGGCUUUGAGCUGCAGGCUGCCGUCCCCAAGUAUAUCACGCUGACUCUGGGAUCUCCGUCGGGGACGGAGGUGCCGCCGCACGGCCACGGGGCGGUGACGCAACAAAUCACCCUCCACAACUCGCUCCACGGACAGAAACCACUGAUGCUCAAGAUCCGAGUGGAGUACAGCAUCGGCGGGACGAAGGUGGUGGACACGGCCACCGUCUCUGCCUUCCCUCCCGGUCUGUGA